GAGAGUGGAGGGGAGGCAUGGCGGUGGCCAGACUCAGCGCCUGUUCGCUCCCACAGGUGGUGGCGGGAAUCGCAAAGGCAAAAGCAAGAAAUGGCGACAGAUGCUGCAGUUCCCCCACAUCAGCCAGUGCGAAGAGCUGCGGCUCAGCCUCGCUCCAGGUCCAGAACCCAGCAGCUCCCACCUCUGCCUGCAGAGCGUGACUACCACAGCCUAUGUGAGCGGCAGCCCAUUGGGCGCCUGCUGUUCCGAGAAUUCUGCACCACGAGGCCUGAGCUGACCCGCUGCAUUGCCUUCCUGGAUGAGGUGGCUGAGUAUGAAGUGACUCCUGAUGAGAAGAGGAAGGCAUGUGGGCAGAGGCUAAUGCAGAAUUUUCUGAGCCACACGGGUCCUGACCUCAUUCCUGAGGUCCCCCAGCAACUGGUGACUAACUGUGCCCAGCAGCUGGAGAAGGGGCCCUGCAAAGACCUCUUCCAGGAGCUAACCCGGCUGACCCAUGAGUACCUGAGUGUGGCCCCUUUUGCCGACUACCUCGACAGCAUCUACUUCAACCGUUUCCUGCAGUGGAAGUGGCUGGAAAGGCAGCCAGUGACCAAAAACACCUUCAGGCAGUACCGAGUCCUGGGCAAAGGUGGCUUUGGGGAGGUGUGCGCCUGCCAGGUACGGGCAACAGGCAAGAUGUAUGCCUGCAAGAAGCUGGAGAAGAAGCGCAUCAAGAAGCGGAAAGGGGAGGCCAUGGCACUCAAUGAGAAGCAGAUCCUGGAGAAAGUGAACAGUAGGUUUGUAGUGAGCUUGGCCUAUGCCUAUGAGACCAAGGACGCGCUGUGCCUGGUGCUGACACUGAUGAACGGAGGUGACCUCAAAUUCCACAUCUACCACAUGGGCCAGGCUGGCUUCCCAGAGGCACGGGCCGUCUUCUAUGCUGCCGAGAUCUGCUGUGGCCUGGAGGACCUGCAUCGGGAGCGCAUUGUGUACAGGGACCUGAAGCCAGAGAACAUCCUACUGGAUGACCAUGGUCACAUCCGAAUCUCUGACCUGGGGCUGGCUGUGCAUGUGCCUGAGGGCCAGACCAUCAAAGGCCGUGUGGGCACUGUGGGCUACAUGGCUCCAGAGGUGGUGAAGAACGAACGGUACACGUUCAGCCCAGACUGGUGGGCGCUAGGCUGCCUUCUGUACGAGAUGAUUGCAGGCCAGUCGCCCUUCCAGCAGAGGAAAAAGAAGAUUAAGCGGGAGGAGGUGGAGCGGCUGGUGAAGGAGGUGGCUGAAGAGUACUCCGAUCAAUUUUCCCUGCAGGCCCGCUCACUCUGCUCCCAGCUCCUUUGCAAGGACCCUGCCGAGCGUCUGGGGUGUCGUGGAGGUGGUGCCUGUGAAGUGAAGGAGCACCCCAUCUUCAAGAAACUGAACUUCAAGCGUCUGGGAGCGGGCAUACUGGAGCCGCCCUUCAAGCCUGAUCCCCAGGCCAUUUAUUGCAAGGAUGUCCUGGACAUCGAACAGUUCUCCACGGUUAAGGGUGUGGAGCUGGAACCCACGGACCAGGACUUCUAUCAGAAGUUUGCCACGGGCAGUGUGCCUAUCCCCUGGCAGAAUGAGAUGGUGGAGACCGAGUGCUUCCAGGAGCUGAAUGUCUUCGGGCUGGAUGGCUCAGUUCCCCCAGACCUGGACUGGAAGGGCCAGCCCCCUGCACCCCCCAAAAAGGGACUGCUGCAGAGACUCUUCAGUCGCCAGGACUGCUGUGGGAACUGCAGCGACAGUGAAGAAGAGCUCCCCACCCGCCUCUAGCCCCCAGUCUGAGGCCCCCACCGGCGGUUGGCGGUAGCAGCUACUUCGAGUGCUGUUUACAGUUUUGCACAGUGGUCCUCCCCAUUGUCCACUCAAGUUGUGGCCUGGGGAACACAGCCGGAGCUGUCCCCAGUGUUCUCUGCCCCUCGGCCCGCAGUCUGGCUGAGUUUGGCAAGGCCUAGGCUGUCCUUGGGACAAAGGUGCGUCCCUUCAGCUCUUGUCCGUGGAGCUCGGGGCUUUCUGUAUUUAUGUAUUUGUACGAAUGUAUAUAGUGACUAGAGCAUUCUGAAGACCCACGCUGGAGCUGGCAGAGGGGCCACUGCCAAACUCAAGGCUCCUCAGGCCCCUGAGCCCCCAGCACUGUGCUCACCGCUGCCGACCUCUGAGUGAGACUCGUGCCUGCCUCUGCUGCCCUGGCUCAGGCCACCACCUCGGGCCCAAUGCUGUCCCUUCUCAGCACUUGUCAGAGCUGGAUCUGGGGCAUGUGCCAAAGUAUGAACAGAGAUUGGGCUGACUCUGGGACCCAUCAGUCCACUGCCCAGGCUGUCCCAGAGGGGUGUGGGGUGUGCCUCUGCCUUCCAGCUCCCAGGGCACCUUGUCCCUCAUGUUGUGCCCUGUCCUGAAGACACCUCUUGCAGAAAUGUCCCAUCCCAGGCGGGUAAAGGGGGUGUCCCUGGCCAACCCUCAAACAUUCCAGACUUCUCUCAUAACAAUAGACACAUGUGCCCAGCAAUAAUCCACCCCUCCCUCUGCGCGUUUGUGUGCGUGUGUGUGCGUGUGUGUGUGUGUGUGUGUGUGUGUGUGUGAAGGGGGCAGGCUGAGGUUGUGUGCCUAUACGCCAGGCCCCACCCAGCCCUUCCCAGACUGGAUAGCCAUCCUGGUCCCAGUGUUGGAGUAGCAUGGGAUUACAGGACCCUGGUUUUUCCAUAUUUAAAGCCAAUUUUUAUUACUCAUUUUGUCCAAUGUAAGCUGCCAUGUGUCUCUAUGUGAAUACAGUCUGAGCACAAAGCUGG